GAAAGUUUUUAUUUACAUUUAACCAAGUUUGCUGUAAAUGCUUAUUCGUCAAUUAUAUCAAUUGAAUAAACUUUGCCCCGAGAAAGCAGUACUUUUUGAGCCAUUACACUUUACCUUAGUCGUUUAAGCGUAAAAAUCACAGUUACACUUGGAAAUUCAAUCUCUGCCUGACAAUACUAAUAAUUUUUUCCAUUUGAUCGAAUGAAUGACUUUCGAGAUUUGAAGAUUUUAACGGUUGCGUCAAGCAAAGUCACUCCGCGAAAUUCAAAUGAAACAAUGUAGUGGCAUUUGAAUAUUCGCUGACAUUUGAAACAAAUACCAGAGAAUUUCGCGGGGUCAACCACCUGGCACGUGGCAUUACACUUCCAAGAGACAAAACUAUUGAAUAAAAAUAAAAAAGUUAUUGUCCAUGGUUGCAAUUACAACGGUUUCACGACAGCCCCAUUUUCUCACGGCUUUUAACUACAUUUUUCACGACUCCACCUCAAAGCGUGAUUUAGAAAAUGAAAAAAAUAAUAAUGAUAAGAAUAAUAAAAAUAGACAAAAAUAGGUAGAUGUGUUAUUAGUGCGGCACGUGGUAAAUGCUUUGACGAGGUAUACAGUUGAUCAUCGGUGAAAUGCUAGUUGAAUAAAAAUAAACGGAUGGAAAACAGCUGGCAAGCAGGAGAUAGUAGGAUAGUAGUAAGAUGUGCCGUUAACGUAUUGGCGAUUUCACUCCUACUGGUACCAUUACAAAUAAUCUAGCCCUCUCUAUCACCCCCCUUUUCUUCUUUUUCCCCACUACAUGAACCACUAUUCCCUCCUCUCUCUCCGCCAUCCCUCUUAUUUCCCAGGCUUUGUGCACUCGUGUUUGCAGUGUCAAAUGUGUAUGUACCGAGUUGUGCCGCGAGCACUCCUCUCAGUACUAGUUAUAUUAUUUUAUCAUUCAGUACCAAUAUUAUCAAUAUUAAUCAGUAUUAAUCAUCAUUAAUCUUCAUAAAUCCGCAUUAAUUCGUUAUAAAUCAUAAUUUCCUAUUAGUUUUCUCUGAUUUUUGCGAGUCUUGGGGUGUUAAUAAGAGUACAGUGAUUUUAAUGUACGUUUCCCGUGAAUUGUUCAGGUUGAAAGUGUCAGGAUGAAACAAUCGCAAAGGUCUGUGAAUGAGAGCGCAACGAUCAGCUCUGGUAUGCUAUAGAAAUUAGCAUGCCUUCCUCCCUCGAUAAUCUAUUUUUUUUUUUUCUGUUUCAACCAUUUUUUAGGGUAUUUCUUGUCUUAUCGGAUCGCUGAGCAAGUGCAAAUAUCUGUGAAAAUAUCCUCUGCGUGUGGGAAAAGACUUGAGUCAAAAGAUUUGAGUCUUUUUGUUUGCCCGCUUAUCGGAUUAAUCUGCGAUUAGAUAAAUAAUCAAGGAGAGUUUUUCUAAUUACUUGCGGAUGGAUUUCCUUAUUGCGCUACGGCGGGGAAGAUUUCGCGACGUAGCCGAUGAUUGUACUUGUGUGUUUUGGUGGAAAAAUAGGGGUGAUUGACACUGUUUCACACGUCCUUUUAGGGAUUUGAAUAUGAUUUGAGUUGAGUUUUGAGGGGAACCAUCGUCUCACGACGAUUCUCAGAUUUAGAUGGAGUAAUAGGAGAAUAAGGAAUGAAUUGCUCAGGUGGACAUUCCUUGAAAUUCCAAGUAAAGGUGUUUACAUGACUAACACUGGCUAUUCUAAAGUCUAUUCGAAUUGUACAAAUUAAUUGUAACUGGAAAAAUAGCAAAUUUUGCUUUAUUGAGAUUUCUCGUUUAUUUGACUAUUCUGUUAAACGUGUGACAAUAACGCGGAAGUGUUGAAUGGCAUUGUCCAGUCCUUUGUGGGUUAAAAGAAUAGGCAAUUUCUUUGAGUUUAACGGUUUGAAUCCACAAACGAAAGUUUAGAAAGUCAAAUGUGCAUAUUCCUCAUUAAAUUUUCCUCGAAAAGUAUCUCGAAAAAUUUCGAUGAAAUAUUAUAAAAAAUUUGUUUCUCUAUCUCAUUACUAUUUGAUUAAUCAUUGUAGUUUUUAAAAAUAAUAUUCAAUGGAAGUUGAUUAAUGAAAAAAAUGGGAAAAUUCAUGGACAAAUGCCAGGCAGGAUUUAAUUACGAAUGAAGCAUCUCUUUAAAUAAUUUUAAUGAAAAUUUUAUGGCAGUGUAAAGAUUUAAUUGAAAUGUUAAAAAAAAAAAAGUCUGAAUAAGUUGCUGUGAUAAAAACAUAGUGAUGUAAAUGACAAUGACAUGAAGGAUAAAUAUGGUAAAGCGGAUAAUAUCAUUGGCUUGGUAUAAAAAUAAAAUAAAAUAAAAUAAAUAAGGCUCCCUUGGUCUUUACUUUCACAGGUGAUAGUGUCGGAUGCAGUUAAUUCACCCGUGCAGUCUAUGGACUAGUGCGGUUGGUCAAGUCGACGCAACGACUUGGUAACACGCCACAGGCUCUGUAUCAGAUUCUAUAAUUUUAUCCAUUUUAAUCGAACUUACUUAUAGAAGACCAACUUCUAUAAUAUCGGUUUAUGGGUGACGUUUGGACGCUUGGUAAUGAAAAAUCAUGGAGAGUUAAUUGUUUGAUCGAUACUGGCAUUGGCAACGGUUAUGAUCGAAUCUUGCGUGACUACCCCGCCAUGGCACUUUCUACUUGGCACAAAAUAUAUUUUCGUGCAGAAAUAUCCUUCGACGAUUCAUUCGUUUUAAUGAUAGGAAGGGGUUUUCUCAAUUGGAGAGCUUGAACAAUUUCUUCUUCCACUGCGGUACAUGAAAUCUACCGUUCAAAUAGCUAGAAUAUUAUUUGUAAUUUUCACCGGGUAAGUUUGUAGAUUUUGUAUGAGAUUUCUACACGUGUAGUUUUCUUAGGGGCCAAUGGAAAAUAUUCAAACAUAAAUGCAAAUAAAAAGAUUAAAAUUGAAGAUAGUAUAGAAGUAUAAAGAUUGUUAUUUGAGAAUAUCAAUUAGUGGAGCGAUUAAUUGCUGGGCAAUUUCGCCCCAGUGACUGUUGUGCCCAAUCCCUAGUAUCCAGUUUCUCUAAUGCCCAAGGUAAAACUGUGCGUUCAAAUGUCACAUGUCACGGUCUCUCGACACCGGCAAACAAUUAAUAAAAAUUAAUCGUUAACUUUCAUUUUUUAACCCCUCAACUUGGUGUUUUUAAUUUUCAAACCCAAUCGAUAAAAAUAGCGGAAAGUGGUUUACACAAAUGAGGGAAGAUUAAUUGAGACACGUUCACGGUUACGGAUUGCUCCACGCUCGGUGAACACGAACCGUUCUAUCGAUGCGUAUUAUCAAACAAUGUUUGAUGCAUUAAAGUCGUGAAUAGCGGGGCAAAAAUAAUAUCGAUUUUUUAAAUAAUUAUCGUAGAAUUUCAAUGAAUAGCAGUGCAAAGCAGUGCAAAGCAGUGCAAUGGUGGUCGCCCGCCCACAAGUCAAUAAAAAUAAUCUUGGCGCGAAUAAAAAUACAAGAUUACUGUUCACUUUCAUCAACAUACUCGCCUCCGUAAACACAGAUAUGGUGAGAAUAUCUAUAUAUUUUCAUUGUUUCUUUAUUUUAAUCUGGCCCCGUCACCUCUCCGAGAUUACAUCAAUCGUAUUCUCAAGUGGAAUUGCGCCAAAUCCCUGUCUCUUAUCCGGAAAGUGCAUUGAAAAAAAGUGGGAGGGAGGCAAUAGCGAAAGGUAGACCAUCGUAUACGUGGGUGCACUUGUUUGCGUGGGUUGUAUACUUCUGGCCCCAAACCAUAAUCUCCCUCAAGACUUCAACAUGAAAAUUCACAAGACUCUUUUUUUUCUUUUAAUUUCACGAACCAAUCUCCAGUUCUAAUUGAUUGGAAUUAAUCGGUGAAAAUAAAUGAUGAUUAAUGAUGGAUAUUAAUGCGUAUUAGUGAAUUAAAAAAUCAUUUCUAUCAAGUUGGAGAAAUUUUUUCAAACAUUUUUCUACAAAAUAUACUCAAAAUAUUUUUCCAAAGUAACAUAAAGGAUUCUUGGAUAUUAUUAAAUGGUGUGGUCAAAUAAAGAAGCACUCUACCUAUUGUAUAAAUAAUCCAUUGAAAUUCGAUAAAAUCGAUAACAAGGCAAUGAAAAGACCAGAACUGUCACAUUUUUCAUCAAAUUUAGUUAAAUUCACUUAUCUAAGUAAAGUUUAAUUGUUGUUCAAUUGGUGAUGAAUUAGUCAUAGUUGGCCAAAGCUCAACACCUCCACUAUCCUCUCAAAAACAAAAAAAAAAAAAAACAAAAAGUGAAAUGGUGAAUAAGGGUUGAGGUGGCGAUUUGUGGAAGUUCCAAGAAGAUCCGAGCCAACAAGGACUUGAGGCAAAAUUUCAGAAAUAAUCUUAUCUUACCGUUUAAUUGCCCGAGGAUUAUCCACCGUAUCUAAUGUGUUAUACAAAACGAGUGAAAGCCUCCCGAGAUUUUCCAGCAGAGGGAAAUUAGUUUACAUAGUGCAGACAGGUAGCGAGCAAGUGAAUGAAUGAGUGAUAGCUCCGAAGAUCUGGUAUUAUCAUUUUUCUGAAGGAAUGAAGAUGGUGGUGUCCCAUAGAGAAACGAGUAUAUCCUCGAAUAUCCGAGCGAUAAUAGAACAGUUGAACUUAAAUCCAGUGGAACGAAGGCGUUUGAUCGAUCGAACAUGCGACAACGAGGCAAUUAGAGCUGUCAGCUCACCAGCUAAAAUAACAAUUGGAGUGUAUGGUUGUCGAGAAAAAAAUAUCGACUUCUACAACGGAAGAGGCGAGGAUACCUCGGGAAUAACAUUUACCAGGGAUAAAUCUGAGAAAAAACUUGAAGAGAGAUGUGAGGGGAAAUGCAAAUUCGAUGCCACCUACAAAACUAAAAUGGAAAUCUUCAAUGCCCAGAGCAAGGAGAAGAUGAAAAAUUUCGAUUCAUACCAUCCGGAGAGGGCUCAGGAGAUGGUGACGAGCCCCAGUGGAAAAGUAACCAUUGGGGUGUGGGAUGCAGACAAGGAAGUCGCUGUCAAACGGGUUGGAUCGUUUGUAAAAGUCAUUAGAGAACAGGAGGUGGAUGGUGGCAAGAGAUGUGUCGUGGUAUCUAGGUCGAGGAAGGCUGAGGUGAGGCAGAGAAUACCACCAGAGGAUAAAGAUUUUAUUGAGGUUACGAGAACUCAGGAUAUCGUGGAGAGGAUUACAGCGACGCCAAAGGAGGACUUACCGAAAUUGGAAAGUGCAAGUCUUAGUCAUACAGCUGCGCACCACCGCAUGGCGAUUCGUCCAAAAAACCGUAGACCCCCUCGACGAGCAACCCCGAGCAGCAACGCAUCAACAAUAAUCGUUAUCUCAGAGAGUUCCUCCACCCUAGACAGCCUAGAACCAUUAAUGAGCUCACCACGUAGCUCACCAGUCAAUGAAAAAGUGGCCUCGAUCCAGCGAAAAUCAUCGAGCCGGCUCUCUCGAACCUCGGAUAUAUUCAAUGAGUUGCAAAGGAAACCAGCCAGCGUGGCCUCCUCCCUCUCUCCAGACAGCCUUGAUUCACAUCCAUCAGGUAGAAUCAUCUUGGACAAUUCUGAGUUGGAGACGAUAGCAGUGGUACGAAGAGCCACCAACCGAGUACCACCACUUGGAGGUUCCGAAGUGUUGGAAGAGUUGGAGUCCCGUCUGCCACGAACAAUGUUCAGUAACGGACGACUUGCGUCAAAGUCACCGGACAGCCUGGACAACUCCUUCUCCAAAUCCUCGGAGUGUUUCGACAAACUCAUGGAGCAUGAGGACGUGAAACCACCAGCUGGCCAAAUGAAACUCCAAACAUCCAUAUCCAAAUCAAUUGAGGGCUUCCAAAUGAUCUCAGAGGACCCGGGCCCGGAAGUGCGCCCGAUGCCCAGGAGAUUAUCCACUGCCAUCUCCAAGUCCACUGAAGGUUUCGAAAAAAUUGUGAUGGAGGGAGAUGAGCCCAGACCAAACACUCGAAGAUUUCUCCUACCAAUUUCAAAAUCCUCGGACGUUGUUUCCAAGUCCUCGGACAGUCUUCACGUGCUCGAAGCACUAAUCAGUGACGAUUCAAUUGAGAGGAGGCGCAGUAGCCUUGAAAUGAGACCCAGUAGAGCCAACAACACUAAACUUAUCUCUAUGUCCUCCGAGAACUUCGACGUCCUCGAGCAUGAAAAUAAGAAGAAUAGUGCUUCUGAUGUCAGUCUUUCUAGACAAACAGGAAAGAGACACUGCAAGAUUAUUUCCAAGUCGAGCGAGAGUUUCCAGACCAUAGAGAAGAGUUUAGAAGGGAAUAGGAUUAGGGUGGACUUUGGAAAACCUGUGUGGAGGUCUGGCAAGAGACUCUCUUGUGAGAGCUCGCAGAUAUUCGAGGAGAGGAAUGAGAGAAAUACAUCCAAGAGACUCUCCAGCACUACGGUUAUUGAUAUUGUGCCUAGGGAGGAUAUGUCGAAGCCACGGGUGCAAAAAUCGUCAGAGAGCUUGGACCUCGGAAGCACUGAUACUCUAGAUUCUGAGAGGAGAAACAAGUCGGGUAGUACUGAGACCCUCGAUAGCCUGGAAAAGGAGGGAGAGCAGGAGAGGCACCACAACGAUAUUGAUGACGAUAAACGGAAAAUGCAGGUGGGUUGCGGCAGUAUCACAACAUCACACACCAUUCACAAUCUGGAGGAUCCAUGGAGAAAGUCAGAAUUAGUGCCAGCCAAGGUAACAGCUCCCUCUUCAGAGGAUGCUAAAAUUAUGGAGAAAACGUAUUGGCGUCAAUCGUCAGACUCAAAGGAGAACAUUGACAUCCACCAGCUGCUUGCUCUGACGAUCGUCAGUCGAAUUUCAGACAACGGCAACAAUCAGCGCAACUCGAUCCCCUUUCCCAAGAAGAAACUCGCUUCGCCGCCCACCUCCCCCAUCAAACAAGAGGAUAAGCUGCUCUUUAACAAUCUACUAACCACAAAAAAUGACGAGGACCUCCAGAAUAUGUUGAACGGGAACAUAUCCGAAGUCUCAACGGACACUAAGAGCUUCAAGGAAAAACUCAUCAUGUUUGAAAAGCUAGGAAAAUAAAAGUAAAGUAAUCGCUAGCCUGUCAAUUACAAAUUACCCAAUUGCAGGACCUCAAAGCAAUUCAAACUGUACAUUAACUCAAUCGAUAUCUUUGAUACAUUUUCAAUGUAAUAUCCAAUUAGUUUACGUGCUGAGCACGCGCCUCUAAAUUAUAUUGAAAAACAUUAGAAAAGUGAAGAGAUAACUCAAUUCCAUAACGAAGUGGCAGAGUUUUAUUUUUUCACUUCACCACUUCGAUGUUGAAUCGAUAUUUUUUUUAAUUUUAAUAUUUAACUUAUAUAUGCCUUUAUCACUUCUCUAUUGAAUUAUAAUAAUCGUACUGUUCACUUAUCAUAACCAUUUUGUUUUUGUACAAAUAUAAACGUAGUCUGUGUUCGAUAAAACGAUAAAUAAAUGAUUUAAGUGCCUCUAAUAACACAGUAUAUAUUCUCAUAGUUGCCUGAAUAAAGUAACAUCCAUAUUACCGAAUAAACAUAGUUGAAAUCUUUUUCAAACUGUACUUUGAAUAUUGUGACGUACGAAGUUUGUGUUUCAAUUACUUAUCGUUACUAUUAAUUGUCCUACUUCCAUGUGUAAAUAGACAUUAGCCUGGUCAAUAUGGAAUUAUAUAAAUUGCUGGAUUAUUUUCAGAGGUAUUAUAAAAAUUCAAGAGAUUAUUAGAGAGUACAGAGAAUACUUAUUACCUGUCUAUAUGAGCCAAAGAGUAGAGGCUCAAAGGUUUAUGAAUCGUGUUGUUUUGUUUUAAAUUUUCCGCUAAAAUUAUUGUAUAUAUCACAAAGGGAAUAUUGAAAAUUAAAAUAGCUUUCGUCACAGGUAAAUUUAAAGAUUUUUUUUUUUUUUUCAUUAAAUAUUCCGUAGCAAUUGUGGGAUGUGGUAUGAAAUGUACAUCCUAAAUGCCUGAAAUAAAUUUCUCAAAUGAAUUCCUGAUGAAAAUAGAAUGUGAUUUGUUACGGUUCAAUUAUUUUCAGAAAAAUGUAUACGCGCUAGUAACAAGAAAAAAUAUUUACAUACAUUAUAGUAAAUGUUUAGGUGACGAAAGUAACAAAUAAAGCCACCAGAAUUAAAAAAACUUUUCAAGAUUCUCAAUUCAAUCUUUAUUUCAGGGCCUUCCAGACGCUGAGCACCACUCUGAAACACUGAGACAUUUAAAAAAAUACAAAAUACCAAAUUACAGUAUUAUGCAGCAAUUCUUCGCUCAUUCCCUAAACUCAACGGGGUUUAACGAAAAAUUAUAAUAUUUUUUUUUCUCACGAGAACCAAAAAUAAUGCAAUAUCACUGGACCUUAAUUAUUAUUAAACUCACUCAUUCAUUCGUUUAUUCUCUUCUGGAUAUUAUUAUUCCCUAGAAUUUGCUCCUCUAAAUAUACAAAAGAGGAAUGUAACAGAGUGGAUCCGGUAAUCGC